AUGACGCACGAAGACCGACGCCUCAGACCUGGAUAUAUACCGCAGCCCCUAACCGUUAGAAACACAUCUUCCCUUAUUUCUGCUUUGGACACUUUUCAGACACUCACAUUGUCUCCAAACAUGAUGUGUGAAGCUCGCCAGUCUUUUUCUCCAAGGUUAACUGUGGCCAAAAGAAGAGAGGCUCUUGAGCUCAGAAAGACUAUGAAACCUUUGAUGGAAAAAAGAAGGCGGGCCCGCAUCAACGACAGCCUGAACCACCUGAAAAACCUCAUCCUUCCUCUCACAGGCAGAUAUAAGACUUGUUACUCCAGGCUUGAGAAAGCCGACAUCCUGGAGAUGACUGUGAGGUUCCUCAGCGACAUUCCCCCAGUUAAAACCAAAGAUUCCGCAGACAGCUACAGAGAAGGCUACAAAGCCUGCCUCCAGCGCGUCUCUGCUCUGCUUCCCAAAACGAGUAUGGAUCAAGACGCGUGCCAGCGGGUGAACGACUUCAUGCAGCAGUCCAUGAUCGCCAAUGUCACCCCAGCCUGUCUGAACUGCUACGCUCAUAAGUCCAGGACUUUCCCCGAGGUUCAACAGAGACUCCAGAGCCUCAAAUCCAGCGUCAGACUGGAGAGCCAGUCAUGCAACACCAGCAGCGGAGCCGCCGGUGCGCAUCCAGGCCUACAGCCUGUCUGCUCGGGUAUGUGGAGACCUUGGUAG